AUGGAGGUGUGCGACCUACUGGUGGUGUUUCAGAACAAGUCACCAAAACAAAAGAAGGACCCGAAAGCGCUGGUGGUGGAAGGACACGGUCACGUGGUGGAGGAGGUGCAGGAGGUUCUGGAGUCUUCCAUGACUGCUCUCCGGCUGCUCUUUGGUCUGUGGCAGAGGCAGCACUGCAGGCAUCUGGAGUUUCACCAGUCCUUUCAUGAAGACCGUCCUUCAGCUUUCAGCCUGGUCUCCACUCAGACAAAACUGUGUAGAGUUUUACCCAAUAUUUAUGAUUACAUUGUGGAGGGCUGGGUGGUAUUUCAACCAAGGAUCACUGGUUUCCGGUUGGGUCUGGGGGUUUUGGCCCUGUUGACUGUCCUAAAUGUGGGGAUUGCAGACAGCUUUCUGGAUGAACGCCUGGACUUCAGUGUUGCCAAGAAACGGAGGUACUUCUAACGUUUCCCCCUCCCUUUGCUCAAGCGCUUGCAGAAGACGGUUCCACUCUAAAGGUUAGAUGGUGCCACUUGUUCAAUUAAAAGAA